UGAACUCAAUCUCUCAUUUCUUCAACAAGCACAACCAACACCUUCAAUGGCUGCUGCCACCACAAGCCGCCGUCCAAGAGGCGACCGCCAUAUGUUCUCAUCUUCGGAUGACAAUGCCAUGAUGAAACAUAUAUUGGCCACACAUGCUCCAGAUGGUUCCUCUUUUGAUGUUAAACCUCUUCUCCAGAUCAUCGAUGACAUCAUGCGUAGGGCCGCCCCCACCAACACCCAACCACCCGCUCCUAUUGGUAAUCAAGCGGAAGUGGAUGCGAUUAUUGAGCGUGUGAUUUACAGCGAUCUUGACGAGAUGCUUGAAAUAAUGGCAAUCACAAUCAAUAAGGUUUCGUGCGAGAUUUCUUGCAAGUGUAUUGGUGGUGGAGACGCACAUGCAAGCACUACGGGGAUCUUCAACAUGCUUUCCAACUACGAGUGGGAUGCAAAAGCUGUUAUCUCUUUAGCAGCUUUUGCGGUGAAUUAUGGCGAGUUUUGGUUGGUGGCACAACUUUAUACUGCCAACCCACUGGCCAAAUCACUGGCCCACCUGAAACAGCUACCUGACGUGCUUGAGCGUGGUGAAGCUCUCAAACCGAGGUUUGAGGCUGUCACCACCCUCAUUAAGGCCAUGCUUGAGUUGACACGUUGCAUUGUUGAAUUUAAAGAGCUCCCGGGACAGUAUAUCACCCCCGAGACACCGGAAUUAAUGACGGCAACCGCUCAUAUUCCCACUGCGGUUUAUUGGAUUAUCCGUAGCAUUGUGGCUUGUGCGUCCAUACUUAUCAACCUUAUCGGAAUGGGCCAUGAGCAUAUUACGACAACCACAGAAGCUUGGGAGUUAUCGAGUUUGGCCCACAAGAUCAGCAAUAUUCAUGAUCAUCUCAAAGAUCAGUUAGAUCUCUGCAAUCACCACAUUAAUGAAAAGAGGCAGAUUGAAGCGUACCUAACGAUUCUUCGCAUUAUGGAUACGGGACAUCUCGAUAACACGAAGCCUCUCAGGCAUUUGAUUUACUUGAAGGACGAUCAACCGCCCUUGUAUGAAAGCUCUACAAAGACUCGGGUUACAAUCGAGGUACUAAAGAAAAAGAUUGUGUUGCUUCUCAUUUCGGACCUUGACAUCCCACCGGAAGAGCUAUCGGUUCUUGACCAGAUGUAUAGGGAAGCGAAGCAAAGCCCAACAAGGCCCGAGAGCCAGUACGAAGUCGUCUGGCUCCCGGUGGUUCCCAAUCUUCGGUCCACACCGUGGACCGAUGAGAACCAGAUCAAGUUCGAGGGGGUACGGAACAUGAUGCCAUGGUAUUCAGUGUUCCACCCCUCGUUACUUGAUCCAGCAGCGAUCAAGUACAUCAAGGAGGUGUGGCACUUCAACCAGAAACCAAUGUUGGUGGUGAUGGAUCCUCAAGGGAGGAUUGUUAACACCAACGCGUUACAUAUGAUGUGGAUUUGGGGGAGUGUGGCUUUCCCUUUCACUAGCUUGAGGGAAGAAGCCCUGUGGAAGGAGGAAACUUGGAGGAUUGAGUUGCUAGCAGAUUCCAUCGAGCCAAUGAUUUUCAAUUGGAUUGCUGACGGGAAGUACAUUUGUUUGUACGGAGGGGAGGAUUUGGAGUGGAUAAGGAGGUUUACAACCACUGCACAGGCGGUGGCGCGUGCAGCAGGGAUCCAGCUGGAGAUGUUGUAUGUCGGAAAGAGCAACCCUAGGGAGAAAGUGAGAAAGAACAAUGACAUAAUCCGAUCAGAGAAUCUUAGCUACGUGCUUCCAGAUUUGACCCUGAUAUGGUUCUUCUGGGUGCGACUAGAGAGCAUGUUGCACUCCAAGUUACAACACGGGAAGUCUUUUGAGCAAGAUCCGAUUUUGAGGGAGAUUAAUGUGAUGCUUACCUACGACGGAAACGACCAGGGAUGGGCGGUGAUCUGCCGUGGCUCAAACGACUGGAUGCGUAGGGCAAGCGGCGAGAGUGUUUUGAAGGGAUUGACGAACUACAAUGAUUGGCAAGGGGAUGCUCAAGAGAGAGGGUUUCUGCCGGCUUUGAAUGAUCAUCUUGAGGCAAACCAGCCGCCGCAUCACUGCAAUCGCCUGAUUUUGCCCGGAACCACCGGAAGUGUGCCGGAGAGAGUUGUUUGCGCUGAAUGCGGGCGAUCGAUGGAGAGGUUUUUCUUGUAUCGUUGCUGCACUGACUAACAAGCUUAUUAUAUGCUGCACUGAACUUUGUUGUGAUUUAGUAUCUACUGUUGAUUUAUGCUUGUGAUUAACGUGAUUGUACUCUGACUUUGUAUUCAAAUAAAUGAUUGUAUGUGAUUUGAAACUUUGGUGUUGUCAUUGAAUUGUAAAUCUUUAGAGAAAUAUGUUGAAAACGCAUCAGUGUACAGUAUUUUACAAGUCAUUGAUGAUUAAUAAAGAAGAAAGGAAAGGAAA